CCCACUCGGCGUUUUUAUAAACAAAUUCAGCCAAAUUAGAGCAGAAAGGUUUGGUGCACUUUUGGCUAAACAUUUUAGCAAAGAAAGUAAAACGUAUCAAAAUGGAUAAAACUAACUGUCCGACAUUUGUUGCCCCCGAAAUGUCCAAACUACAGUGGUUGAAUGUAUUCCUCACCGAGCGGCUAACAGCAGCUGCUAUGGAGAUUUUUGGGGCCGUGGAAAAAACGAUACUCGAGUACCAGGAAGAGAUCAUCCGUUUGAGACAGGAGAACAGUCGCCUACGGAGUAAUAACGCGGUGAUCCAACCAGAGAAGUUACCCCCAGACCCCCAGCAGCAGCAGCUCACGGUCUCCAUCUCUGAAGACGUUCUCCUGGACUUGAAGGAGCAGAGCCAGAGGUGGAGCCCCAGUCUGGGGCAGGAGGACCCAGAACCCACACAGAGUCAGACAGAGAAGGAACAGGACCCCAGGACCAGUCAGGAGGAAGCACAGCUACAACAACUGGAGUUUGAUAUCAUAUUGACUCCUGUCUAUCAUGUGGAAAAUGGCUUUGAGCAGGAACAACCUCAGCCCUUACACCUUGACCUGCCACAGACUGCGGAGCUCUUGCCACAGACUGCUACUCAGAUCAAAUCAGAAGCUAAUGAAGUAAAAUGUAAUACAGACUGCACUUCAUGGGAGAAACUUGGCCAAGAUGGGUAUAAAUAUCCUAACACCCAACCACACCCAACCAUUCCACCAGCUCACCAUGGACUUGACAGCCCAGCAACUCCACCAGCUGAGGUAUCAAACGCGCAGAUCUACAGAGCUGUCAUGAAUCUGAGCCAUAUGACGGCUCGGGUGAAAGAUGACUUGAACUGUGUGGUUGGAGGUCUAAAAUUGGAAAUAGGAGGUCUGAAAAAAGAAGUCGGAGGGCUGAAAGAACACGUUGUCUCACUGAGAGACUCUCUUGAAAGAGAUGUUCAUCAGCUUGGCCCGGUACCGGCUAAGCGGAAGCGGGCCAGAAGCUCGCUAGUAGCAGAAACAGUGAGGCGGCUCCAUAAUUCCGUGGUGAAUCUGGUACACAGAUACCAGCCUAAGGAUAAAGUAAACUCCCCACACAACAAGGUGGUUACCGCCUAUCUGAUUAGAGAGGCAUCCAAGGAAAGUUUGGGUGUGACUCAUGAUGUGCUCAGGGCUGCCAGUGUGACCUACUAUGAAACAGUCCGGCGGAACUUCCUGAUGCAGUUGCCAGAGAACCGUAAGAAGAGUGAAGAUACACGCAUCGACAAGCGAUGGCGCUCGAGGAGGAAGCGGCUGCUGGAUUCCAGAACUACGAUGCUCCAGAGUCACGAGGAGAAGGAUCUUUGGGAAGGAGUGACAUCGGAGUUGAUGUCAGAUGAGGAAGACACCAUGGUGGAUGAUAAGCUGGUGUGGCUGGUGAAGCCUCCAGUGUUCCGGAGCAUGGAGCUGAGUGAGUUGUGUGCGGUGCUCCAGAACAGGCUUGAUAAGCACCCAAAGACAAAAGCACUGCCACGCACCCCCCGCCUCCCCAGUGGCUUAAUGUCUAUGAGGGAGCCUCCGAGGACCUUCCACCAGGACAGACAUGCACAGGCAGAUUUAAUAGAAGAACGCACCCCCUUAAUGCCGUCUGCUGGAGACAAUCAGCGAUUCAAUAGCCCUGGAGUGACCCUCUUAACUGUCAAAGAGGAGGAAGAGAUGGACUGAAACAGACUUAAAGAUUAAAGACGUCCUCCAGUGAUUUAACUUUUCGAUAUCCCAAGCAUAAAUAUAACACACACUAAACUGCUAACUUGUAGAGCAUUCAAGAAGCUGUUUUUGCUGAGAGUUGCUUUAUUGCGCAACGUUUUUAUGUGACAAAGCCUAUUCCCCCUCAUAUCCUCAAAAGGUUCUACAGCUGCACCAUCGAGAGCAUCCUGACUGGUUGCA